AUUCCAGAAUAAUCCUAGACUCAAACCUUUGUAAAUUUAAAACCCUUUCCCCAAGUCAAAAUGCAUUCCUAGCUAAUAUGCCAUUGAAAGUCAACAAAGCGAUUAGCUUAAUCCAUAUAUAUAAACUAGAACUAGCUAGUGACUAACUAUAUAUAGUGGAGAACUAUCCAUUGUUGCCUUUUCCCUCCACCUCAGCUCAACUAAUUUGGUUUGGUAAUGAUCUUGGCAUUCAUUUGACUCUUCGUGCAGUCCGUUUUCCAUUUUCAAUUCAAUUUCAUUUUUUCAUUUUAUACCUUUUUUUCUCUCUUCUUGUUUUUGUUUUUGUUUUAUUUUUUUAAACUGCGAAAACUUGAUCUAGCAUUUCCCAGCGGUCUGAACUUUUGCAAUAUUCUAGCGUUUAUUUAUGAUUUUGUAAUCGAUUAGUUUUAUAGGAGAGAGUAUAUAGGUUUCUUAGGCUGUUUGUGACAUUUUAGUUGGAAAAACCAAUUGGAAAAGUUAAAAUUUGUAAAGAAAGAACUUUAAGUAAGGCUGUAGGUCUAUAAUAUUAACAUUUUUGUAAAAAUCCCAAUAAUUCUCCAAAUACUUUUUGCCCUAUAUGAUCACAAAAUGUAUCAUAACACUAAGAAGUAUCUAAAAGUUGAAUCCAUAACAUUAGAAGCAUUGUUCUCAAUCGUUUUUUGUAUGUAAUUUAUGAACGGCCACUGAACUUAAAUGGCAAAUGGCAGCAGCAGCACCAGCAGCUCGAAGCUUACGAGUUUUACCAGUUUUUUUAGUGCCUCAGUGGGCCAUGGCUUGGCGACUUUGGGCCCGCGAAUCGGAAAAGGUUUUCGAGACUUUUCAUGCGAGUGCACGGCAAGUGAGCGGGCCAGUCCACGUCCGCCACUGAACGCAAGAUGACGCUCUACAUGAAGCUGCCCCUCAAAUGGUUGCUAAUGGUAUUCGGGAUGCUGCUGCUGGUGUUCCUGGACUGCAGUUUGGCCCAACCACAGAGAUUUCUGGUAGCAGGGGAUUUGAUAACAGCAUCGGGAACUGGAGCUGGAACAGCAACAGGAACCGGAACCGGAAAUGCAGCAGAUCAAUUGCCCAUUAAUGAUCCAUCGGAUCUCAGUGCUGGCCUGAAUUUGGCACCCGUUGGCAAUCUGAUUGCAGCAGCUGCAAAUGCCGUGAUCCCUGCCCCAAUUCAGUUUAUUCGCACGGCCAUGAACAGCGGCCUCUGACCGCCAGGUGGCGCUAACCUGGAUUCUUGCCCACCCCAAAAACAAAUAAUUAUCUCUAAUUUUUAAGCGCCUUUUUAAGCAACACUUUUAAUUACUGUGUUAAACGUUUUUUUUUUUUCCUUUUUUUUGUCUCGUCGUUGUUAGCUUGUUUUGUUGUUGUUUGUUUGCUGUCUUAAUGUGUGUUUGUGUUUAACUAAGUGCUAUAAAUGUCUUUAUAAUA